AUGGAGCCGUCGUCGAAGGGCCCGAGGCCGGGCGGGGUGUGCGCGCUGCUGAGGUACCUGCAGGGCCCUCACCCGGUGGCCCGGUUUCAGCAGAUGUGCGGCGUGGCUCGAGCCGCCCCCGCGCCGCCCUCGCUGGGCAACGGCGUGUGCCUCCCGCGGCCCGGGGCCGGGCUCGGGGGGGAGGCCGAGGGGGAGGCCGGAGCCGCCGGGGGCGGCGGGGACUCGGCGCCUCCCGCCGCCUCCGCUCACCCGCACUCGGCGGCGAACGGCGAGCCCGCGCGGGCGGACUGGCGCCAGAGGCCGACCGGCGUCAAGUCGAAGCCGCGCCGCAAGAACUCGCUGAGCGACGAGACGGGCGCCGAGUUCAUCGUGAGGAACAAACUGCUCUACUACCUCUUCAGCUUCGGCACCGAGUUGGGCAACGAGCUCUUCUACAUCACCUUCUUCCCCUUCUGGCUGUGGAACAUCGACCCGUACGUGGGCCGCCGGCUGAUCGUGAUCUGGGUCUGGGUCAUGUACCUGGGCCAGUGCACCAAGGACAUCAUCCGCCUGCCCCGGCCCAGCUCGCCGCCCGUCGUCAAGGUGGAGGUGUUCUACGACUCCGAGUACGGGAUGCCCUCCACCCACGCCAUGUCCGGCACCGCCAUCCCCUUCGCUCUCUUCUUCUUAACCGUCGGCAGGUGGGAGUAUCCAUAUGCAUUUGGACUGCUCCUAGCAUCGUGUUGGUGUAUUCUUGUGUGCCUGAGCCGACUGUACAUGGGGAUGCAUUCCAUUCUGGAUGUCAUUGUUGGUAUCCUUUACAGCGUCCUGAUACUGAUCGUCUUUCGUCCAACCUUGGAUCUCAUUGACAACUUCAACCUAACCUACCAGUAUGCUCCAUUGUUCAUCAUCAGCCUUCACCUGGCCAUGGGUAUCUUUUCCUUCACCCUCGACACGUGGAGCACAUCCCGAGGCGACACGGCACAGAUUCUAGGCACAGGUGCAGGCAUUGCUUGUGCCUCUCAUGUGAAUCACCUGUUGGGCAUCUUACCAGAUACUCCUCUCCACGCUCUGCCAUUGUCUCCCCCAGCAAUCACGUUAACUCUGGCUGCCAAAGUUUUUAUGCGUUUUGGGCUGGGAGUGGCCGUGCUGUUGGUGACCAGGGCAGUGCUAAAAGCAGUCACCAUACCCCUGGCCUGCAAGAUAUUCCGUAUUUCAUGCACUGACACUCGCCAGGCACGAAAGCGUAUGGAGGUAGAACUUCCAUAUCGUUACAUCACCUACGGAACGGUAGGGUUCAAUGCCCUGUUUCUGGUACCCUUCUUAUUUAAAUACCUGAAUCUGUCUUGAUGUGAAGAUGAACUCUUGCCUGAUAAAGCUAUUACACUGGCAGAUAAAUGUUGAACGCAAAGUCUUAACUUGGAAUGCUUCAAGAAUGGUUAACUGUCCUGCUUCUGCCUGUGUGGGCAUGUACUGAGCCUAUUAUUUCCUGGACCAGCGACCUAAUGUCACCAGAGGCUUGAGAAGAGAUUUAUCCUUUUCACACACAUCCAAGUGGAGGAAUUCUGAGAUGACUGACCAACUGAAGAGAACACAAUGGAGUUUACGUGUGCUGUUCAUUAGCUGUAGUGAUUUUUUGUUGGUGCUUCUCAUGGGAUUCUCUGUUUCAAGUAUGCAGUGAAAGGUUUGUUACAGCAAGCGAUCAGCAUAUGACGAUUCCCAUUUUGAGAGUGAACAAAACCGGUUAUUAAAUAGCAGAAGUUUUUGUUCAAAAAAAAAGUAUGGAAAGUCUCUUCAGAAUGAGUAGAGUGUAAUAUAACAAUGUACCAACUUGAGGUUCAGGUAUCUUAACCGCUUAUUGAAUUGUGCCUUUUUUGUUUUAUUGCUUUAGUUUAUGCUGUGAUGUUGUGAAAUUCUAACUGCCUCAUCAUCUAAGUAACGGGUUGUACAGACAUUAGUUCAGCUCUUUAAAUAUGUCUUUACUUUAGGAUAGUCGCAUUUCUUUGUUAAUAAUGACUUGACGAUCACCUAUCUAGCAGUGUGAGUGAAAGGAUUGAUUGAUUGAUUGGUUCUUAGACAAACCAGAAUCAGCAUUGAAUCCUAUUGACCACCACAGGUGAAGAUUUCAAUUUUGAAUAACUUGAUUUAUGAAUAAUAUUAAUAAUAGUAAUAAUAUUGUAAAUUAAUUUGACAUGUACUGCCUCUUUCACUGGCACUGAAAAGCAGAAAGCACCAGACCAGCUGGGGCCACAGAAGCACCACAACCUGGGAUUUUCACGUCAGUCGCACUUCAUACCAUUUCCAUAAAAUCUGCAAGCAUCCCUGCUUUUUCUUUGACAGCCUCGUGGAAAGUUUUCUGUUUCACUAAAGCAGUGUCCCAGCACUGCGGCCCAUUUAAAAUUAUUGGCCUCUUCAUAUUGAGAGGCAGGAUUAACUGUUAAGUGUAGAACAUUUAGCUUAAUGAGAAUCAUUUGGCUCCUUGAGAUGCGGUGGAAAUUGACUGCGGUUUUAUUCACUUUCUGCCCUUUCGCUUUCACAAUACAGACGCCCAUUACUGUGUGGCAUACACUCGUUUAAUCUGUUUAACGCUGUGCAAAAUGCAAAAUCCUGCAGAUGCUGGAAAUCCGAAACAAC